CAAGAGUGAUAAAUAGCCAGCCACUACGUCAUGACAGAAUUAUAUUUGGUCAUGUGGAGACAGUGAGUAAAAUUGUUACCCUGAAUAACGCUCAUUGAUCCAUUUGCAAACUUCCUAAACAGUAAUGGGUGUAACUACAUUAGAAACUGGGCCAUUGUGAAUAUUUGUUCGUUAAAAGUGAGUAUUUACAGCAGCACGGUGCGCAGAGAAUCAAGAAAGAAAAACUAUAGCUAUCUGCAAGUUCUGUUGUUGUUUUGAAAAAAGUUCCCGCUGUUCUCCAAAGUAGUGAGGGAAGAACAAAAAGAUGUCGUGUCCACGCUCACUCAUUUUGUAUGGGGUCCUGAAGUCUGCGGUGUCCUUCACGUGCAGGAAGUUUUCCAUGGGUCAACUAUCCCGACAAGGAAAGGCACCUGAUAUGGCUGAAGGUUACUGUACAGGAAUACACUAGUAUACACUAGACUAGUACACUUUUCAUUCUGAAUGCAAAUUGAGCUCUUAUUUUUACACUCUCUCUCUCUCUCUCUCUCUCUCUCUCUCUCUCUCUCUCUCUCUCUCACUCUCACCCUCCUGCUGUUAUUUUAAGUUCGCAACAGGCUGAGAGAGAUAGUCGGCGCAUCUACCAACUGGCAAGACCAUCAGCAAGUAUUGGCUGAGCGUGCGUCACUAAGCCAGUAUCUUGCUCAGAGUCAGGAUGAACUUCCUGCAAAAAGAAUGAAGGACAGUGCAAUUGAGGCGCAUCUUCCUCUGGGUACCCAGCCUGCCUUGAGAGAGAAAUAUCUGAACUCUCACAAUGCUGUCAGGUUUGGUCGGAUUUUGGAGGACUUGGACUGUUUAGGAGUGCUCAUCUGUUACUCUCACACAUGGAAUGAGAAGAUACAAAGAUCUCCACUUUCUAUUGUCACCGCUCUAGUGGACAAGAUUGACAUGAGACAAAACAUAAUCUACCCAGACUGUGACAUCAAGUUCACGGGUCAUGUUACAUGGGUUGGCAAAACCUCAAUAGAAGCUAAAAUGCACAUGUCUCAGUGCCAUGAUGGUGCAUACACAGAUGUUUUAGAUGCUACAUUUGUAAUGGUGGCUCGAGAUCCCGAAAAUAAAAGGGCAGCUUUUGUAAACCCACUCAAACCAGAGGGUCCAGAUGAAGAGGCGAUUUUUCGACAGGGUGAAAUAAACAAGAAGAGGCGUGUGGAGCUGAGCACAGCCUCUCUUCUUAAAGUGGCCCCUACAGCUGAGGAGAGGACUCUCAUUCACAACCUGUUCCUCAACACUCUAGACACACGACGGGUGAGUUUCCAUAGUCGUAUUCUACCACCAAAUUCAGUGUGGAUGGAAGAUGCCAAACUAAAAGGGCUUGAAAUUUGUCAUCCACAGGAAAGAAAUAUCUUCAACCGGAUAUUUGGUGGUUUUCUGAUGAGAAAGGCCUAUGAGCUUGGUCGGGCUAAUGCCUGUGUAUUUGCUGGAUGCAGACCAACGCCGGUGGCAGUAGAUGACAUCUUAUUUCAGAAGCCUGUAGAAAUCGGAUCCUUGCUCAUGUUGUCUUCGCAGGUUUGUUACACAGAAGGGAUGCACAUCCAGGUCAGGGUUCACACAGAAGUGCUUGACCCAUUGACCCGGCAGCACAGCACCACCAAUGUGUUUCACUUCACUUUUCGUGUUGAAAAGGAAGUCCCAGCUGUUGUACCACAGAGCUAUGGAGAGUCUAUGCUGUACCUGGAUGGAAAGAGGCACUUUGGUGAGACUAUGAGGAACCAGUGUUGAGCAUUCUGGGAUGUGCUGAUAGGAUGAAAUACAUGAUAAAGCUAUACCAACGUUCAUCACUACAGUUAAAUGAGUGUGUGUGUGUGUUUAUGUAAAUUCUGCCUUUAUUUUCUAAAUGUCUACUCUACAGCUGUUAGAUGCAAGUAUUUAAUAAAUUCAGCAAUCACUAA